AUGUCUUCCGGAAAGCAUGAUAUCGGAUUACGUAUCGAACCUAUCAACCAACGUAAGGAUAUGAUCCAGGCGUUUAACUGUGCAUGCGAGGCUUUUGGGCGUCAGGCACAAGAUGGGGUUUGGAUCGCCAUGAACCCAGCGUGGGAAACACCAGCGGGGAAGGCGCGUGGAGCUGCCGCAAUGGUCAAUCGCUGGACCACCACCACCAAAGACCAGGACGGCAAUCCAAACACUAUCUUUCUCAAGGCUACGCUACCCAGCUCCCAAGGCGGACGUGUGAUCGCCGGAUUUGCCAUUUGGGUACAGGCUUCAAGCGUGGCAGGUCGCGGCGAUAAGCCAGCGGAGGAUCUGCGCGAUGCCAUGGAGCUUGAAUCGCUGUAUCCUGGAAAUGAACCGGAACAGCGCUACCUAUCUCAAGUCAUGUCCUCUUUUUUUCGACGCCGUACUGAGGUCAUCAAAGAGAAGGCCACUGCAACACCACCGGCGGUAAUGAUCUUGGAUAUGUGCGCCGUUGAUCCGCGCUAUCAACGAAAGGGCAUUGCACGGGCUCUGGUGCAAUGGGGCCUCGACGAAGCUCAGCGACGUGGAGACCUGGAGGCCAUUACGGAGGCAUCUAGCAUGGGGAGGCACGUUUACGGCCAGAUGGGCUUCCAUCCAGAAGGCCCUGAGAUCGAGUAUCAUGUUGAUCCCGAAUUUUCGCACCGCAGCAGGCCAGCCAAUUUAUUCAUGCGAACCGGUGGCGGCUCCGAAUGA